CUCGCGUGCAUUGAUAGCAGUGCAAUAUUUCAAUCUAUAACCUAUAAAGCCUUCAUAAUGACGUACAUAGCAUGUUCAGUGCCUACCUGUCCUUCGUCUACACUAAUGAAUAAAGAAUUGAAAUUUCAUCAGUUUCCUUACAGUGAAGAAAGACGCAAGGAGUGGAUAUUGGCUUGUAAUGGAAUACACACGAUCCACGAAGACUGGAACUUUUUCAGGAAUAAGUAUGUGUGCAGUCUUCAUUUCGACAGAUAUUCGUAUAGCAAAAAGGGAUUCCUUAGCAGAUACGCUGUACCAACUUUAUAUUUGGAUAAACCUGUGCCAUUCAACCAAAUGAACUUAACAUGCGCAGAAACACAAACCGAACCAAUUACUGUAUCAACAGAGGAUAAGUCAGAUAAUGAUAAAAUUAUAACGCAAAAAGAAAAUGUGGUUUUUCAGUCCUGCACCCGAACUUUGCAGUGUAAAAAUGCUAAUGUAUGUCUCAAUAAUAAGACAAAAACUGAUAAAAUCAAAAAACGAAAAGAAGAUAUAGUUUUGCAGUCUACAGGAACCUUGGACGCCAAUAAUUCUGAUCACCUAUUUAUACAAGUUAAAAAAAUUGGUAAUGAUGACUUUGUUGUAUCAUCAUCUCCGAAUGUAAAAGUAGCAGUGAAAAUAGGAGAAGCUGAGAAAAAUAUUGUUUGUGAAGAUGUCGAUCUGACACCUAAUGAUUUUGAUCGGAACUUAAAUAACGUUACGCACAAGAAAAGAAAGAUAGAAAGUAAUAUUAUUAAUAUUGAAGAAGAAGAAGAUAACAAGAUUACUCUGUCGCAAUUUUUAAUAGCUUGUGACGACUAUUUGCCUGAACAUUUGCGUGAAAUUGUGAAGACGAACGCGAAGUUAUAUACGAAUCACGUCUCAUUCUAAUGGCAAUUAAUCAUAACACUAUUAUCAAAAAUUAAUCUACAUCAUUAUUAAAAUGUGAACGCCAUUGGGGGUCACCGGUGUCCGACGUUCGAGGAUUUACUUUCAACAAUUUUCUAUUGGCAGUCAAAGCCUUAUUCCUUGUGAUUUUAGAUCUAGUCCUUUGUUGAUGACUAAUCAUUUUUUAAUGUACCUCUAAAUUAAUUAAAUAUUUCACGGUCAACGUGAACAACAAUUUUGUCAACUUA